AUGGACGAAUUGCCCACCACACCGGUCAGGCUUAUAAUAGGAGAGCCUCAGCAACGCGAACAGGAAUCAGGUAACAGUUUGCAACAGCAUAAGCAGCCAGUGUCUCACUCGGAUUCACAUGCCGUAUCAGAUUCGAAUUAUGAAUUUAGCUCCCCCGGCUCUUCCCAAUUUAUUAUACAUCCCCACGAACCAUUGAGUAAGAAGAGAGAAUUUCCAGAAGAUUUAGACCGGUCGAUUGAUUAUGGUAGAACACCACCCCGUAACAGCAAUACUAAUAAUAAUCCGUUGGAAAAUAUUGAUAUAAACAAAAUGUUUGACGAUACUAAGCCCGCUGCGGGUGCUACCCGUGUCGAUGAAACUGAAGAUUCGAAUGGCAAGCACGUCUUUGCUUUGAAUAAUUCGCCUAUCAGAAUUGAAAUGUCCUCUCCAGAAAAGCAAAGUGAUAAAAGUUCUAAUGAAGGUGAGGAAAAUAGACACAACGGCCAUGUCAAUAAAAAGCUAAAAUUACAAUUGGAAUCGGUACCUGACCUAAAACGAAGCUCGACCGAAAAUGGUACUAAUAAUAAGGAAGAGAUUAUGUCAUCUCCAAUGGCAAUUGAUAUGAUUGACACCAACGUAAGUCCAAAUAAGUUCAUUUUAAAUGAUGGGAUUGCAAGAAAUGAGAGCUUCAGCAUCAACGCUGACAAACUCAAUUUAGAAAACGAUAUUAAUGACAAACAAGAAGAAGAAGACUUUAUAAAAUCAAACACUAACAAUGUCGGUGAUAACGAUGUUGAUUGCGACAAAGAACAUGAAGAGGGAAGUGACAUAACAAAUUCGCAUAUAAACAGGCUCACCCCGCUAUAUGAAACUUCUGCAAGGAACUCGAAUAACGACGGAGAGGACAGAAACCACUACGAUAAUGACAGUCAAUUUGAUAUUAGACAUGACAACUUUCAGAUUGUUGCAAAGAGAAACGAGGAACUAACAGAUCAAAUUUAUCAGUUGAAUCAAAACUUGAAUUCUUUGAUUUCCAAAAACGAGUCCGUAUCUUUUCAGUAUGAGAAAUUGAGUAAAAAUCAUCAACAUCUCAUAGAUUCAACAAACGAAAAAAUUGAAAGGUUAAAUACAGAAAGAGAAAAUGGCAUUAUCAAAGUGGAGAAGUUCAAAAAAAGGAUCAAAGAACUGAAUACUGAAAUUAAAGUAUUGAACUCCAAUCAAAAAAUACUACAAGAAAAAUUUGAUGACUCAAUAACUGAUUUAGAUCAAUUAAAGAAUGAACAUGAAAAGACUGUUAAUAAUUUUCAACGAAAUGAAAAGCUUUUGAAUGACAAGAACGUAGAACUGGAAAACAUGAAAGAGGAAUUAAGUAUCAACCUCGACAAACUAUCCGAAUCACAAGUAAAUAUAAAUGAUUUGAGUUCUCGUGUAGCACAAUUGAAUGACAAGAUCGGAGAUAUUCAUAACACUUUAGACUCCAAGGAAGACGAAUUGAACAAUUUGAAAUUGAGUCUAAAAGAAACUUUAUCAAUGUCUAAAGAUUUUGACGAUGCAGACCUUAUAACACAACUUAAUGAACUAAUAUCUACAAAGAAUACCUUACAACAAAAACUAAGUGAUUUAGGUAGCCUGAAUGAUGAUAAUUUAAAAAACUUAAAUGACAAAUUAACGGAAAAUAAAAACACACUAAGUCUAAAAGAUGCAGAGAUAAAUUCUUUGAAUAGUGAAAUAAAUGAACUAAAGAAACAAAUCGAUUUGAAAGAUGAAGAAUUCAAGACAUGGCAUAACAACUAUGAGAAUGUAGAAGAUGAAGCCAAGAUACGCAGUGCUGAAGUUACGGAAUUGAAUAAAGACAUCGAAGAUUUGAAAGAAUCCAAGUUACAGUUACUUGAAACAAUUUCAGAAUUAGAGAAUAAAGUCCUUAAAGUUGAAAAUGGAUAUAAUUUGGAGAAGGAGAAAUUUGAGAAAACUUCAUUAGAGUUAGAAAGUUUACAACUGAAAAAUAGUAACAUCCAAGCAGAACACAUUAAGGAGUUAGAGAAUCUUCAUGAGAAUCUUGUCUCUCUACAAAAUGAACUGGGCAUAUCGUCGGACAGAAUAACAAUACUAACAAAAGAGAAUGAGACACUCAAAGAGCAAAAUAGCAGUACUAGUAACAGUGUCGCUGUAAGCAACAAUCAAAAGAAUAAAGAUGAUGAGCAUAUUAAGUCGUUAGAGAGACAAAUCCAAGAUUGGAAGGAAAAGUACGAUAUGAAAGAAAAGGAUACAAAUAAAAGGUUAAAACUAUUAGCAGAAGACUUAUACAUCCAGUAUUCAUCUAAACAUGAACAAAAGGUCAAAUUAUUGAAAAAAGGCUAUGAAAAUAAAUUUCAAAGCAAAUUUGAUCAAUUGAGCUUAGAAAAUAAAAGCCUCUUAGAAGAAAUUGAUCAAUUGAAUAAACAGUUAAAUUCUGAAAGAGAAGAAAAACAGGAGUUACUCAAGCUAUUAGAAAGUGAGAAAAAAUGA